AUGGCGCCGACAGUAGAAGACACGGAAAAACCCUUCACGAUCGCCCUUGAAGCGGUUGGAACACCAAUCAGAGCAAUUACGGAGAAAGCUACGGAUGCUGCAAUGAUAUACACCCCGGACUUUGAGAAGCAGGUGCUCCGCAAGAUGGACGUGCGGCUCAUUCCAAUGCUUGCCGUCCUCUAUCUCCUGGCCUUUCUAGACCGUGGAAACAUUGGUAAUGCUAAAAUUGAGGGACUGCUUGACGAUUUACAUAUGACGGGGCAGGAAUACAAUUGGUGCUUGACGGUCUUCUUUUUCACCUACUGUGCAUUUGAGUUGCCAAGUAAUCUGCUGUUAAAAAAACUGAGACCGUCGCGUUUGCUGCCUCUUCUUAUGGUAGCCUGGGGGAUCGUCAUGACAUUGAUGGGAGUAGUACAAGGAUACGCGGGGCUAUUGAGCGCCCGUAUCUUUCUCGGUGUUGCGGAAGCUGGACUUUACCCUGGCAUUGCAUACUAUAUCACACUGUGGUAUCCUCGUCACCGUGCUCAAUAUCGUCAGACUUUAUUCUUCAGUGCAGCGAGCGUUGCCGGUGCAUUCUCCGGAAUUCUGGCGUAUGCGAUUGCCAAAAUGGACGGGGUUGGUGGCUAUGCCGGCUGGCGCUGGAUCUUCAUUCUUGAAGGCCUGCUCACCGUUGUAGUCGCCUUUAUCGCUCCGUUUUUCAUUCAUGACUUCCCUGAGACGGCAACCUUUCUUACCGAUGAGGAGCGUGAAUAUGUGCUUCAUAUGUUGCAAUCACAGACCAAUAACCAAGGACCACGUCAAGAGGGCGUUGUACGCGAGGAGGCUAAGUUUCGUAUCACUUACGUGGUAGAUGCGUUAACUGAUUGGCAAGUGUAUGUCAGUCUAUUAAUAUACUGGGGAAUUACUUGCCCCCUCUAUGGCAUCUCUUUCUUCCUUCCAUCCAUCAUUAAGGAUCUCGGAUAUACCUCGUCAACGGCGCAGCUCCUUACGGUGCCUAUUUAUAUUACCGCCGCGGUACUUGCAGUGGCAGCUGCAUGGCUCUCUGAUCGAUACGGGCAGCGGUCCCCGUUCAUUCUUUUCUUCAUGUCCCUAAUCGCCCUAGGCUUCAUCAUCGUCCUCGCCUCUACGGGACGAGGGGUACCCGGUGUUGUCUAUUUCGGUGUAUUCCUUGUUGUGAUUGGUAUCUAUCCCUCUUUUCCGGGAAACGUAACAUGGCUCAGUGUGAACUUGGCCGGCGACUACAAACGAGCGGCGGGAAUGGCCACCCAAAUUGGCCUGGGAAAUUUAAGUGGAGCAAUGGCCUCGAACUUCUACCGGAGCCAAGACGCACCAAAGUAUACCUUGGGUCACUCCUUGGAGUUGGGUUUCUGCAUGGUAGGGAUUCUGAGCGCUAUCGCCCUGCGUCUAACAUACCAGCAUAUUAACCGGAAGCGGGAUCGGGUUGAUAUAGCCCGCUACGAUGCGAUUGAGAUGGCAAAGCUAGGCGAUAGAUCGCCUGGGUUCCGAUAUAUGCUUUAGCUGACGGUCGUUCUCUAAACACUGGCUUCACCGAGAAUGAGACUGACUGAAGGAGAAUAACAUAAU